AUGAUACCGAUGCAUUACGUAAAAGAAAAUAGAUGGCUUGGGAUAAAGACAAAAAAAAGUAUGUAAAUAAGAAGGCACUUAACAAUAAGAUAAAGAGGAUCGUGGUAUGAAGGUUGA